CAAAUCAUACGAAUUUUGUUUUGUUUUGUUUUCUUAUGUGACAAAAAAAAUUAUUUGCUCGAAAUUAAAAUAUUAAUCAAAAAAAAGAGUUGAAAAAAUGUCUCGACAAUUUAUCAAUACUAUAUUCAUGUUGGCACAAGUUCAAUCAUUCAUAUUGGCCGAUAUUGCUGUUCUUGAUUCACAGAAUAAAAGUGUUGAAUUGUUUAUUGAUUAUAAGAUAUCAUAUACACCACCAAUACCUGAAGAUGGUAUUUAUGGUGCACUAACACUUGCAUCACCAUUGGAUGCAUGUGGACCAAUCAGUACACCACCAAGCUCUACAGAUCAAUUGAAUCAAACAAUAAAUUGGUUCGUAUUGGCUUAUCGUUCAUCAUCAUUUCAUGCAAAAUGUUCGAAUCGUGAAAAGAUUCAAAAUGCAGUCAAUGCCGGAUACAAAGCAAUCAUUUUAUAUAGUCCUAUGGAUUUUUAUCAAACAUCAUUCAUUCAUUCAUCAUCUGAACAUUUUAAUAUUACAAUACCAGGAUUAUUAGUUUCACAUGAAGAUGGUCAAACAUUACGUUCGAAUUUUCUUUAUCAUAGUGGUUUUAGAUUGUUUAUCACAUCGGAAAUUCCGCCAAAUUUUAGCUAUUAUCUGAUACCGUUUGCAAUUAUAAUUGGUGCCGGCAUAUUAAUCAUUGUAUCAUAUGUUGUAUUUCAAUUAAUGAUGUGUAUUAUGGAACGUCGUAAAGCACAAAGACAUCGUUUAUCUAGAAAAGAUUUGAAAAAAGUUACACUUCAAAAAUUUGAAAAAGGUAUAUUUUAUGAAACUUGUGCCAUUUGUCUUGAUGAUUAUGUUGAAGGUGAAAAAAUUCGUAUUCUUCCAUGUAAUCAUGCAUAUCACAUGAAAUGUAUUGAUCCAUGGUUAACAAAAAAUCGUCGUGUUUGUCCAGUUUGCAAAGCUAAAGUUAAAUUACCUGGAAUGGAAGAAUAUUCUGAUUCAGAUUCAGAUAAUGAUAAUCAACGUAGUAAUCGUUUUCAGCAACCGAAUGAACGUACACAAUUAUUACCAUCAUCAUCAUCAAGUAAUCGAUCAUCGAAUCCAACGACAACAAUGGCAUCAGCAGCUGGUAUUCCAAACAGCGCUUCUUCCAAUACCGUAAAUCUAGAAGAAAUUCUUCGUCCAUUUAUUUUUCGUAAUUUAAGACAAUCAAGAACAUCAACAAUAAUAACAACACCGGGUUCAAGACGGAAUCGUUAUACAAAUAUACCAGAUCUAUUGGAUGAUUCAACUAUACGGCCUGGUCCAUCAACUUCAGCACCAAUUAUUUCGGCCGAAAUAUCUUCACAACAAUCUGGACAGCAACAAAUUAGUCGAAUUCCUUCAUCAUCAGGAUUCAAUAGAUCCCGACAGAAUAGACGAAGAAACCAAACAAAUCUGCCACAACCUCAAUCACAAUUACAACAAUUAUCUUCAUCAUCUGAACAUACACCAAAUGUUGUUCCAAAUGUACAGAUCGUUAUUGCCGAUUUGCAUUCAACAACCUCACCAAACAUUGAUCAACAAAAACAACAGCAAUCAUCAUCAUCAUCCGUGUUGAUAGCUCCACCACAAUUAUCAAUUAAUUGUGAUUCAUCCGAUAUGGAUGAUCAAAGGUCGUUAUCACCUGAUCAAUUAUCGAUCAAUGAAAAUAGAGAAAAUAGAUCACAAAAACCACAAGGAUCUCGACCACAAAAAUCUUCGUCAACAAUAAAUGAGAUUGUCUAAGAACAAAAAAAUUGGCAAAUGUGCAUUUUUCAAACUUUGUUUCCUUUUCCUUAAGAAAAUAUAUAUGCUUUAACAAUGUUGGUAAUAUGUUGAUAUCAAUGACAAGAUUUUUUUUUGGCCUUUCUUUCAACAACUACGAUCGAUUUAACUUUAAAAUUUGUAUUUUUGUGAUAAUGUUCGCCAUUGAAUAAUUGUUUUUUAUUCUUACUCACCAAUUUCGAUUCAUUUCUAGUUCAUUUUAUUUUUUUCUGUUUUUUUUUUUGGUCGAAUUUCUUGUAAAUAUUCAUAUAGCACCCAUUCAUCCCUAAAUACACACUAUCCAUCAUCAUUGAUCAAGUUGGUGAUGUUGAUAAAAUUCACUUAUUUUUUUCCUUGUAAU